GAAUGCUCUUCCUUGCCCCGCGAAGAAGAUAAGCACAGGUGCUACAGGUCGCCGCGCCUCGCUGGCCCCGGUCGCCUCACACGACUCCGCGCCCCCCCUCCUCCUCCUACUCCCCUGCCAAUCCGGCGACCCCCCCACCCACCCCACCUGAUCGGCCGCCUCCCCCAGGCCCCUGCGCCACGCAAUCGAGCCCAGGCCCCGCCCCAGCGCGGGGUCCUUCGGCGCCGUCGCGGGCUUCGCCAUCGCCGUCGUCUUCGCGUGGAAGUUCCUGCGCUCCUCCUCGACGCCCAGGCCCCGCCGGCCCGCCGCCCCCAAGCGGCCCUCGGCCGCCGGCUCGGCCGCGCUCGCCCCCGACGGCCCGGCCGAGCCCGCCGGCGACUCUGGGACGCUGACGAGGCGGCAGAUCGUGGCGAGGCGGCUCGGUGGGUGCAGAAGGGUCACUUGCCAACUAAUCGGUAUUGUAUUUGAGGAGAAAACUCCCGAGGAGCUUCAGAACCAUGCCACUGUUAAGCCCUCAGUGGUGGAACUACUACUAGAAAUAUCCAAAUACUGUGAUUUUUAUCUGAUGGAAACUGUACUUGAUGAUAAGAGUGAGGAGAAUGCUCUUAUGGCUCUGGAGAAUGCCGGGCUUUUCAAGUCUGGUGGCUUGAUGAAAGAAAAGGUACUCUUUUGCAGCAGUGAAGUAGGCCGAACUUCGUUUGUUCGACAGUUGGAGUCGGAUUUCCACAUCGACGCAAGCCUCGAGAUAAUUUCCCAACUAUCUCGGUUCAUUCGGUGCCAGCUAUUCGUGUCCUCCAUGGAAGGAGGACAGCUCGCAGCCAAUGUAUUUAACUCCCCGAGCCUGGAGCAGUUCUUCUCUUGAGAAGGGCACCAAAACAGAAGGGGUUCACACUCUAUAGCGCAUCCGUUCUAGCUCCGAGGUGUCAGGCAAUUCCGUGAUGCCAGCUUCGCAGAAGAACCUCAGAAUAUAAAGUGAGGCAGGCAACCACUACUGCUGAUCAUGUCACCGCAGCUGUCGCUGGUUCAUUCAGUUGGCCUCGUAGUUGUGCUGUAGUUAAUAACAAUGGUAAGUUAGACUCAUGAGGUUGUUGAUCAUGGAGUGUGCCGAGGACGUUGUAAAUCGCAUGACACAAAGCACUGUCCUCUAUAUAAAGAGAAGUUUCUUCACUGGAGCUUCUGCGGUCGAAUCGGCUUGUGUAUCUAACUGUGGAUGAUGGUAGUAUCUGCAUUCAUAUUCCACUGAGUGUACUGAAUGAGAACUGACUAAAUUUGACCGUGCUGCCCAGCUUGUCCCA